AUGGGCUAUAAUAGAGUUUGUUGUGCAACUCGCUUCAGGAAGCAUGAAGCGCAGAAGGGGGUAAAGGAUAGUAUUGAUAGACAAAUCCUUGAGGAGACUCAGGAGACUCAGGGGUUUGCCGGGCCGAGGGCUCUCCAGGGAGAGUCCGAGGCAUCAACUGGCUCGCUGCACGACCUAAACACAGGCGCGACACCAGGUCACUCCAUCUGUACAUCCGCUGCCCCCUUCUUCUUCAAACCAAAGGACGUUAACAAUUUAGAUAUUUUCCAGGAUGGCGGGUUGCAGCACAACAAUCCGGCUUUCAUUUCUAGCUGGGAAUGCGCAUUCCUAUGGCCGAGUAGAUACCAGAUACUAGGGCGAGAUAAUGGUCGAGUUGAUUAUAUGAUAUCACUCGGUAUCGGAACUGCAUCGUCGACAAAGUGCAAGGUAGGCCCCAUUCUCCACGAGAAGCAGUGGAAGACAUUCAUCGACUGCGUUCCAACAGAACUACGCAGCCGCUACUUCCGCCUGAAUCCUCAGUUGCUCCCUGUUCUUGCUUCCACCCUAGCACAGCGCAGCACAGUUGCAGUGUCCCUCCUGAUUUCCUUUCUACUAUAG